AUGCUGGAAUUAUCCAAAAAGGAUGCUUGCUAUAGCUGGGGUGACACCAUCCAAGGAAAACUCAACCUGAAAAUCUCUGAUGGGUCUAUUGAAAUCACAUCACUCCGUAUUCUAUUCCACGGGUACGGUAAAAUUCACUGCAAAGGAAAGAAAGAUGAGUUGUUACAAGAAAACAUGACGUAUAUGAAAAAGUUCUCGAAUGCUAUAUCUCACCCAUUGGUGGUUUCGCAACCGGAAUAUUCUAUAGCUAUUGAGGAAACCCUUCCGGAUCAGCUUCCAACAUCUGUUUACAGCUCGAAGGGGUAUAUUCAAUAUGUUAUUCAAUGCACCAUGGAAUACAAAACUGCAGCUGGAACUCCAAGUCUCGUGAAAGCUGUUCGUGGUAUUACGGUAGUUGAGCCUUUGGAUCUCAACAAGAUCUCAAAGACAUGGUUUGAACCAAAGACCGAGUUUGAGCAACGGAAGUUUGGAUGGUUUGCUUGCACUGGCGGCCAUAUAAGACUUCACCUGACCUUUGAGAGAAGCGCAUUUGUUUGUGGCGAGGCCAUCCCGUUUAUUGGGAAAAUAGAAAACAAAAGCGAUCGAAGGAUCGAGAAGGUAUCGGUUUGUCUUAUGAGAAACACAAGAUUUGGGAAUGAUGUGGAGGAAGAUGUUGAGAAUGCAACUGUGGACAAUCAUUUAAUCCAAGAAGAUCUGAUGGCUAUGUAUAUUGAAGAAGGCUGUGUCAAUAAGAUCGACAAAAAAGUACAUAUUCCCUGCACUGCUCCAUCUACUCCACUUCCGAUUCUUUUCCGGUCUGGACAGCUGGACGGAAACAAGUUCCAACUUCGACGCAAGUCGCAACUCGGCAGAUUAUCCCUGACAAGUCAAAAGUCGAGACAAUCAAUCUCCUCGUCAUCAAACAUGCAAAGAAUCUUAGCGAUCACAUAUACAUUUGCCAUUAAAGUGAGAUCGAAUGGAAUGGAUGUUAUAGAUUUGAGUAUUCCGGUUGUCAUUGGGACGGUUCCAUUAAUUGAUCAUGUUAACUCAGGGGACCCCACUGAUCCUCUUGAUCGACCAGUUUACAAUUUGUGUCGUCAGGAUAAACCAAUACCCUUACUUGAUGAAAAAGAGAGAAGUCUCUGCAACAAAGCACAGCUGCAACACGUCAACAAGUACCCAUUCUUUGCUACUCUCCCUACAUCUUCCAAGCAGAGCAAAAAAUUAUGUGUGAUCGCGCAAACAAUCAAAACUGAAAAUCGCAUCAUGAACACUAUACGAAGUGCCGCAGUGGAAGAAGAAAAGUAUUAA